GCCGCUUUUGCCUCCAAGUCGCCGCAUCCACACAAUCGCUCCUCUUGUCUGGAUCCAGGGUAAAUACGGCUUCUGUGCUUUAUUUGGCCUCUGAACAAUUCCAUUGCCUAGAUUGGUGCCUAAAGCUCGCCUGCCUCGUCUUGAAGGUUCUCCCCUCCUUUUGCAUGCCUGUGCAAUUGUGCAUUUAGCGGCACGGCGAAUGCAACAUCAGAGAUCCAUCAUAACGACAGAACGAACUCGGGCGCAUACAUUGAGGUCUUUUCAAGUCUUUUAAACCAUGACGCAAUUAACAAUGCCUCUGUUUGAGGUAUCACAUAACGUCAGAGAGUCGGAAUCCUCUAAUCGAAAGAGAAAUCACGAUGAGUUCUCUGCUGAAGCAGGCAAAGCUGAACUGGCAGAAGAUGUUAAGAACAUCCCGCCCGUGAGCAUACAAGAGCCUGAAGAUGACUCAGCCCAGUGUCUAUCCUCUCCUUUAUCCUCUCCAGCUCUAUCAGAAGUUCUAGGCGACGACACGCUAUUAGCAAACGAUCUAAUCUCACUGUCAACAUCGUCAGAAUCCACAAAACAAGAGACAUCAGGGUCAUCCGCGCUGCAGCAAUCAAGUUCGAAAUCUGCUACAAAUGCCAAUCCGCCCCCGAAGCGGAAGCGUCUAACUCCAGCAGAAAAAGAAGCCCGGGAUAAGGAGCUUGUCGAGAGGAAGAAGGAGCGCGAGGAGAAGGCAGUGGCUCAAGCGGCCGGAAAAGCUGCUGACAAGGCCAAGAAAGAUGAAGAAAAGGCCAAAAAAGAAGAGGAAAAAGCAGCAAGAGCAAAGGAAAAGGAGGAAAAGCGAAAGUUGAAAGAAGAAGAGGAUCGUGCCAAGGCUGACAAGAAGCGAAAGAAGGAAGAGGAGCUGCAGCGCAUUCAGGAGGAAAAGGACCGAAAGGCUAGAAGUCAGAAGACACUGGGAAGCUUCUUCAAGAUCCCCAGUACCCCUAAGAAAGCCGAAACAGAUGAUGCGGCAAAAGAUAAUAGCCCCGCCAAGAUCAAUUCAUCGGCGGCAGAGGGAAAACCAACAAACUCGGAAUAUUCAAAGAUGUUCAAACCGUUCUUCGUCAAAGCAAACGCCCGAUUAGCACCCAUGGUAUCACAAAUGGAUAAGACGAUACAAGAAGCGAAAUCAAAGGCCUUGGACGACUAUAUCGCGAACCAGCAGCAGAACAACGGUGCCCCUCUCAAAUUCGAUCCUGUGGAUGUCUUUUCCUUCUCGAAUCUUCCUCCACCUCGCGGUAAACUGCAUCAGCCGGUUCGGCACAUAAUGGAGACUGCAUAUAAGGCUGCACAAAACUCAGAAAAGAACGGCAGUGCAGAUGCUAGCAACAUUUUCACCCAAGUCCGAACGGGACUGAGCAAGAUUCCUCUGAAAGUAAUUGCCUUCUCCCAGGACGUGCGCCCGCCUUACUACGGUACAGUGACAUUUAAAGCUUUUGCCCUCGGCAAAGGAAAUAUGUAUAAGCUGGCGAGAAGAUCUAUGCACCGUCGACUGCCUCUGGACUAUGAGUAUGACUCUGAAGCCGAAUGGCAGGAUGAAGAAGAGGGCGAGGAUCUUGACAUGGAGGACGAGGAAGAAGAGCAGGAUGAUGAGGACGACAUGGAUGGCUUUCUCGACGAUUCUGAGGAUGUUGGUGUCUCCAGAAGAAUAUUUGCGGAUACUCUGCAGCCCGACAUCGUAGGCCCAUUUUUUGAGGGCCAGAAUCGAAAGGGCUCAGCCUUGGCAUUACACGAGAAGAAGAUGGAAUUCAUCCAUGAAGGAUUUGAUAUGCAAUGGGACAUUGACCCCUUUUCAACUAAAUAUUGGGAGCUAGAGCCUGCUACGAAGGCUCCCAAGGGCAAGGCCCCAAAGACUAUUAAAUCUGAAAACGAUGCCAAAGCUCUUCCACCAGUCCCAACAAACGCCUUCGCCGCGCUGGGCAGUGCGGGUAAUUCGAACUCAGCCCCGGGCAAGUUGGUCAAACCUGAGCUUUUGAACGGAGUCAAGCAGGCCAUUCUAGACAACAAAGCUCUUUCCAAGGUCGGCAUUGUUGAUUUCAUCUUCCAUCAGUUUAGAGAUAGCGCCUCUCGGUUGGAAGUCAAAAACACCAUUGAGCAUGUUGCGGAAAAGAAAGGUGCCGGUCGAAUCAAGGAAUGGGAGCUGAAACCCGGCCAUGAAAUCACCCUAUGAGGCGAGGUAAUAUCUUUGAAGGUCGCGGGCGGCAUUCUCGUGUUACGAUUUGACGAUCCAACUUAGCAUGGAGUUUUUUUGGACGAUACUAGAUUAAGCCAGUUAUUUUGAGAGUUUUCAAAAGCUGGUCGUGAGUUUUGGGCCGGGCUUAUUUGUUUGCAUGGCAUGGCUCAAGGGAGCUGCAUUUUAUUGAGCAUACGGUUUGGCAUGUAUUGUAUCUAGGGAGUAGCAAGCAAAAAUUCUAUUUGGGGUGCUGAAUGGCGGCACCACUGGCUUUCUCUCUUUGGGGAAAUAUACUCUGCA